AUGGUGCCCAAAGUGCACACUGUGGUUUGCAGCGGAAAUAAUCCUGUGCAUAUUCCACAUGAGUUUUAUGAACAAGGUGACCUUAUCAUUGGUGGGAUAGUGUCUCAUAUCCAUUACAUAUUCCCCAUCGUUUCCUUCGAUGAACACCCAUCUCGGGUCGUUAUUAAGAACCCAACGGUGAUUAGAAAAUUCUACCAACACAUCCUGGCCUUGGUGUUUGCUGUUGAUGAGAUCAAUCAGAAUCCCAAGAUCUUGCCCAAUGUCACUCUUGGAUUCCACAUCUAUGAUAGCUAUUUUGAUUCAAAGAUGGCCUACCGAACCACUCUGGAGCUGCUCUUUAAAUCACAUCACUUUGUCCCCAACUACAUAUGUGGCAUUCAGAAAAAAGUAGUAGGAGUCAUUGGGGGACUUAGCUCUGACACCUCUUCAUCCAUGGCAGAUGUCUUAGGUCUUUACAAGACUCCACAGAUUUCAUAUGGUUCAUUUGAACGGGCCAUAAAUGAUCACAUCAAAUUCGCUUCCUUUUAUCGCAUGGUCUCCAAUGAAGAUCUUCAGUACAAGGGAAUUGUCCAGUUACUUCUGCAUUUCAGAUGGAAAUGGGUUGGGCUCAUCACUCCAGCUAAUGAAGCUGGAGAACAAUUCUUGCAGACCAUUGAACCAAUGUUUUUCAAGAAUGGAAUCUGUUCAGCGUUCACAGAAAGAACGGAAUACUACAUGCAAUUCACUGGUAACAUGUUGGAUAUGGUGGAUCCAUCAAAGUAUUCCUCACAAACUUUCAUGAAAAGCAAAGCAAAUGCAGUUGUUAUAUAUGGAGAAAGUACAUCUAUUAUAUGGCUUACAUCUGUUAUAAUUGCAAGGAAUGUGAUUCAGCUAAUUCUUCAUCAAUCUGUGAGGAAAGAACCUGAGGGGAAAGUAUGGAUUACAACAGCCCAAAUAGAUUUCAUAUCAAACGUUUUAAAAUUUAUUGACCCUAAUAUACGAAUGCUCCAAGGUGCUAUCUCCAUUACGAUUCACUCCAAGGAGAUUCAAGACUUCUCAGACUUUCUGCAGGUUGUAAAGCCUUCUGGACAAGAUGCAGAUGGUUUUAUCGAGGAUUUCUGGGAACAAGCAUUUGGGUGUUCACUUUCAAACGCCACUAAAAUGGCAGGCAUUAUGGGUACAUGUACUGGAGAGGAGAUGCUGGAGAGCCUCCCUGCACCAUUUUUUGAAAUGAGCAUGACCGGCCACAGCUACAGUAUCUAUAAUGCUGUCUAUGCUGUGGCACAAGCCUUACAUAUUAUGUGCUCAUCUGAAGCCACCUGCAAAAGGAUAAAGGGCGGAGACAGACUCUCUUCUCAGAAUGUUGAACCUUGGCAGCUGCACUCAUUCCUGCAGAGAAUCUCAUUCAACAACAGUGCUGGGGAUGAAAUUACAUUCAAUGAACAUGGAGAAUUAGCAGCUGGCUUUGAUAUUACAAACCUGGUCACUUUCCCAAAUAAUUCCUAUGUCAGGGUCAAAGUUGGAAGGCUAGAUCCUCAGGCCCCUCCUGGAAAAGAGCUCACCAUUAACAGGAAUGGAAUUCAAUGGCACAGAGUCUUCACCCAGGUGCCACCCCUUUCCUUAUGUAAUGCCAACUGCCUUCCUGGUUAUGAGAAGAAAAAGAAGGAGGGGAAGAAGUUCUGUUGUUAUGACUGUGAUCCAUGUCCUCAUGGGAUGUUCUCAAAUGAGAAGGGGUUGGAAACCUGUGCCAGAUGUCCUCCAGAUCAAUAUCCAAAUGAAGAGCAGAAUCAAUGCAUUCCCAAGAAAACAAACGUCCUAAGCUUUGGGGAAACUUUGGCUAUUGUUUCAACUUUCUCUGCGCUUUUAUUUUCUCUGAUCACAGUUGUGGUACUUGGCAUUUUCAUUAAGCACCGGGACACUGCCAUCGUCAAAGCCAAUAACAGAAGCCUCACUUACAUUCUGCUCAUCUCCCUUCUCUUGUGUUUCCUGUGCUCCUUGGUGUUCAUUGGAAUGCCUAAUAAGGCAACCUGCCCGCUCCGACAAACGGCUUUUGGCAUUGUCUUCUCUGUGGCCCUCUCCAGCAUCUUGGCCAAGACUAUUUCAGUGGUUUUGGCAUUCAUGGCUACCAAGCCAGGGUCCAGGAUCAGGAGAUGGGUAGGCAAAAAACUGGCUUAUUCCAUUGUCCUUUCCUGCUCUGUGAUUCAAGUAGGAAUCUGUGUCUUCUGGCUGGCAACCUCUGCCCCAUUCCCAGAUGUGGAUAUGCACUCAAUGAGUGAAGAAAUAAUACUAUUAUGUAAUGAAGGGUCAGUUCUCAUGUUCUAUGGUGUUUUAGGCUACAUGGGCUUCCUGGCCAGUAUCAGCUUCACUGUGGCCUUCUUAGCCAGGAAGUUGCCUGACAGUUUCAAUGAAGCCAAGUUCAUCACCUUUAGCAUGCUGGUCUUCUGCAGUGUUUGGUUCUCCUUUAUUCCAACAUACUUGAGCACUAAAGGAAAAUACAUGGUGGCUGUGGAGAUCUUCUCCAUAUUGGUUUCUAGUGCUGGGCUGCUGGGUUGCAUCUUUUCCCCUAAAUGCUACAUUAUUGUAGUGAGGCCUGAGCUGAAUAACAGAGAGCAGCUGAUAUGGAGAAAGAUGUAA